AUGGCGACCGCAAUUUCCAAACCGACCUCUCAUACCCCGAAGAUGAAGCGGCCGCCCCCGCCUUUCGGCCAGGCCGCGGUCAACGGGGUCAAAGGCCAACAACUUUCAUCGUCACCCACCUCCGCCUCCAAACGCCCUCCAACAAGCGCCUCUGUUCACGCGAAUUCUAACUUCACAAAUGGCGCCGCCAAUGUGGUGAAUCCGCUCAAGGGCCCCCUUAACCGGACCCGGAAUCAGUCGCAAAGGCCCGUUGAUCAGCUCUCGCGAUCUGGCCGGCCAGUCACGAGAACAGCUGUGAUGGACCAGGCACACAGGGUUGGGAAAAAGGCACCAGAACCAUAUGUGAAAACUACAUCAUACAUCCUCAAGAAAUAUUCAAAGUCCCCUCCAUCUCUUAUUGUCCAUUUGCAUCCCACGCAUUUUCGAUUUGAGCAGCAAGAUGGUAGCUUCCCCUACAACUCCGAGAUGAAAGUCAUCAUUGAACACAUUCGCGCCGGAACUGUUCCACAUGAUCUGAUCGAAGAGCUCCUACGAGGCGGUGUACAGUUCUACGAAGGUUGCCUCAUCGUCCGCGUCAUCGAUCACAAGUCCGUCUCCGCGCAAGCAAGGAAGACCUCAGCGUCGUCAACCACCGAAAACAAUACCCCUUUCUCUCUACACAACUACAACGAGCAUGUUACGCCAUCGGCAUAUGUUCCAUACCCAAAACAGAAUCAGCUUACGUCUGACGCACAAGGCGCGAAGACCGACGGAACGCCAGUUCCAAACCAACAAGAUGGCCAGGAUGCGAGCGAGCAGGAAGGCCAGAACGGCAACCUACCGCAGAAGAGUGCACCAUCUAAGCCUCGAGUGUUUACCACCGUUCUCCACCCAACUGCACGAACCUUGCAAGCUGAAUUGACGCUGCUUGUCACGACUCCUGACCCAAGAGCCAACAAGAUAAAUCAACAGACCUCUUACGCAACAACCCCAGGAGGCACUCAGCCGGAUCGUGGAAACAUUGCGAAGAGACAGAAGACCAUUGUUGCACCAGAAGAUCUCCUGGAGUGCGAAGCCAAAAUGAUCCAGGCGAUGGCUCCCCCUCUAUUCCUGGAGCCUGUGCGUAGCUUCGACGCUGCCCAGGGGCUACUGAAAUUCCUGGAAAGUCCAUUGCAUUGCGACCCGCCACCUUCGCCCAAGCGCCGCAAGAGAACCAUUGCCGAACUCGCUGCAGACGAGGCAUUGGCAGCCGAAGAGGAGAGGUUCAUGCUCAUUAUGGACGAGCGUCUGGAACCUACAGCUUCUGGUACUGGUGCGUCAAAGGCCGCCGUUGUCGACGACACCGGUGGCGUCGCACCGUUUGAGCCCCGAUUCUCUCGAUUCAAGACAAUUGAGACGAUUCGCAUGCAGCAUGAGGAGAAGGCUAAACGCGAACACGAAAUCAAGUUGAAGCAAGAGCUGGCCAAGAGACAGCAGCAAGAACAAGAGCGAGAUCGACGACGCGUGGUCGAGCAGCGACAAGCUGAUGAGCACGCCAAGGAGGAAGCUCGCAGACAGCAAUUGGCUGCCCAACAGGCACAAGCUCAACUUGCUGCACAACAAGCAAACCGUCACGUCAUGGCUCAACCCAAUGGUAUGAACCAAGGACAACAGUCUUCGCCUAUUGUACGCAAUCAAACUCCGCACGUCACUUCCUCGCCCCUCGUUGGCAAUACUAUGCCGGCGCAGGCCGUCCAGAUGGCCAUGUCUCAGUCUGGGUCUGGCAGUCCGCCACGGCCACCAUCUGCUCUGCAACAUGCGCACGCCAUGAGCCAUCCGAUGGCUCCUUCGAGAAGUCAGCAAGGUCCAAGUCGACACGGCACUCCCCAGAUGACCCAGGGUACACCGGCCAUGUCACAUGCUACUCCGAUUAUGCGCAACGUGACACCGACCCAGCGGAUGAAUCAUGGCAGUCCCAACCACCCAAACAUGGCUCAGACUCCCAUGAUGAACCAGGGCAUGGGCGUUAAUCCACAGAUGAACGGCGCAAAUAUGCAGCACCUUAAUCCACACCAGCAGCAGAUUAUCAUGCAACAGCGACAGCAACAGUUGCUCGCACAGGGACAUCUCGGUCACAAUCAAAUCACACCUCAGCAAUUCGCCCAAAUGCAAGCCAAUGCUCAGGCCAAUGCACAUGCCCAGCAAAACAUUCAAUCCCAUCAACAGCAAAUGCUACAGGCUCAGCAGCAGCAUCAGCAGCAACAACAACAACAAAACAAUCAAAAUGUUCAGAAAGUGCCCCAGCAGAAUCAACAAGCAUACCAAGCUGAACUCAUGCGCGCUCAAUAUGCGCAGAUGCAAAUGGUUAAGCAAGGCCAGCACCCACAAAUGCAAGGCCAGCAAAAUCAGCCACAACAGGGUAGACCACAAAUGACACCCCAGCAACAGCAAAUGUUGAUGGCGGCCGCUCAGGCAAACGGUGGCCAAGCUCCUCAAACCCAGCAGAGCAUGCAACAACGAUAUGCCACCCUCUUCCAACAGCGACUGCUUCGCCUCCGACAAGACAUGUCGCAACGGCUUUUGCCUCAGUUUGGCCCACCGAGCCAAUAUCCACCCAACAUUGCUCAACAAUACAGCGCCGGACUGGAGAAGACUGCCAAAGCAUGGAUUCAAGAGCUGAUACGAAGAGAGCGCGAAGGUUUACCGACUGGCCAACCAGGCCAGCCAGGCCAGCCACGGAUGAACCCGAACCAGGCUGCUAUGAUGCAAGCUCAGCAGGCCCAGGCCCAGGCCCAACAAAUGCAACAACAAAAUUCGAUGCACGGCAUGAAUAUGAACAACUGA